AACAACAUUUCUCCAACCCCUACAUCACAUUUCCAAAGAUAAUUUGCGGGGGUGAAAACAUGAACAUUUUCUCCACACUCGCGCUCGUUUUCCUCGGGAUUGCGGCGAUCGGCGGUUGCGAUUGCAAGCCCGUUCAGUUUAUUUUCGGGGACUCGUUGUCGGACGUCGGAAACAAUAGGUAUCUUCCGAGGAGUUUGGCGCAGGCGAAUUUGCCGUUUUAUGGCAUCGACUUGGGAAAUGGUUUGCCUAAUGGAAGGUUCACCAAUGGUCGGACCGUCUCCGACAUCAUAGGUGAUAAAAUAGGGCUGCCGAGGCCAGUAGCAUUCUUGGACCCAUCACUAACCGAAGACGUGAUUCUUGAAAAAGGAGUGAACUAUGCCUCUGGUGGCGGGGGAAUCUUGAAUGAAACCGGAGGUUACUUUAUUCAGAGGUUUUCAUUAUGGAAGCAGAUUGAAUUGUUCAAAGGGACACGAGAUGUGAUAAGAGCAAAGGUAGGGGAAGAGGAAGCAGACAAAUUCUUCGGGGAGGCUCGAUACGUCGUCGCAUUGGGAAGCAAUGACUUCAUCAACAACUACUUGAUGCCUGUCUACAGCGACUCUUGGAAGUACAACGAUCAAAGCUUCGUUGAUUACAUGAUGGAAACUCUCGAAUCCCAACUCAAGAUGCUGCAUGGCUUGGGAGCGAGGAAAUUGAUAGUGUUCGGGUUAGGACCAAUGGGAUGCAUUCCAUUGCAAAGGGUACUAAGCACGACAGGACAAUGCCAAGACAAAGCCAACAAACUUGCCCUAAGCUUCAACAAAGCUGCUUCCAAACUGCUUGGAGAACUCGGUUCCCAACUCCCCGGAACGAGUUUCAAGUUUGGCGAAGCCUAUGAUGUCGUCAGCGAUGUCAUCUCCAAUCCCACUAAAUACGGGUUCGAUAACUCGGACUCGCCGUGCUGCUCAUUCUAUAGAAUCCGACCGGCUUUGACGUGCAUACCGGCGUCGACGCUGUGCAAAGACAGAAGCAAGUACGUGUUUUGGGACGAGUACCAUCCCACGGACAAGGCCAACGAGCUCAUCGCCGACGAACUCCUCAAGAAAUUCAAUUCCAUGGGCAUCGAUUCCGACGCUCCUUCUCCGGCCCCCGAUCUCGCCCCUUCUCCCGACUACUAACCUUUCCUCAACGAUGACGAAAUAACGAUUUUUAUCGUAUGUAUCUUGCGCAUGAGUCUUUGAAUGAUUUUUGCUGUACGUCCUCUAUGUUAUUGCACCGUACGUUUUGUCAUGGUGAACUUUGUAUUUUUUAUCGAAAUGUGAGUAUAUAUGUUAAUGUAUAUCUUGACAA